CAUGGAGCUCUAACCUCUCUCGUGUGGUAAUUUGAAGUUUGAACUAGUACCUGCAGGCCACUUGCCGGAACUAUGUUACGCCCACCCUAUUUGGAAUGUAAAUAUUAUAUUCAACUCCCUGUAUAACUCGGAAGUCUCGAAUCAUGACUGAGGCCGAGAUGUUACCAAACCGAGCCUUCAUCACCUCCGUCGCCACGAUUGGAAGAAUCUCCUCCAAUCUCCUGCACUCCUCCGCCGACUCAUGGCUCUCCGUCCCCGGAAACCCCCUCAUGCGGUGGCCCUCGCCGCCGCCGCCCAGCCCACCCGUCCUAACCGACUCCGGUGAGGCACCACAGCCAUCCCCAGCGCCGGCUACCGACUCCAGCGCCGCCUCCGAAGACUCCGCCACCAUCUCCCACAUCCUCCUCGCCACCGCCCCCGACGCCCUUGACUCGGCCCUCCUCCGCUCUAGCGUCGUCCCCAGCCCUCCCCUGCUCCAGUCCCUCCCUCUCUCCGACCUCUCUCCCACCUCCCUCCUCGCCCUCUCCCGCUGGGCCCGCCCCCACCUUGUCGCUCUCGUCGACCUCCUCGCCCGCUCUCGCGCCUUCGACUCCGCCUGGUCCCUCCUCCUCGACGCCGCCCCCGCUCCCCUCCCCGCCUUCACCGCUCUCUUCCGCCGCUACGCCCGUGCCGGCAUGCCUACCGCCGCCAUCCGCACAUUCGACUACCUUCGCCGCCAACCGGAAGCGGUGUCGGCCUCGGAGGGGGAUAAAAGCGACGCCUUUGAGCUCCUCAUCGACGCCCUCUGCAAGGAGGGCCACACGAGGGCAGCGUCGGAGCUCCUCGGGCGGAGGAGGGAGGCGGAGCCGCCCGGGUGGGCUCCCUCCGUCCGGGUCUACAACAUUCUGCUCCAUGGGUGGUUCCGGACUCGGCGGCUCCGGAAGGCCGAGAAGGUGUGGGACGAGAUGCGGCGGGAGGGCGUACGCCCCACCGUCGUCACCUAUGGGACCCUCAUCGAGGGGCUUUGUCGGAUGCGUCGGCCAGAUCAAGCUAACGCCUUGCUGGAAGAAAUGAGGGCUGCCAAGAUCGAUCCGAAUGCCCUCACCUGCAAUCCGAUUGUAGACGCCCUCUCCGAGGCCGGUAGGUUCAAGGACGCCCUCGCUAUGCUCGAAAGAUUUCCCCUUUAUGGUGUUUCUCCCAACAUAUCCACUUAUAAUUCACUGGUGAAGGGUUUCUGCAAGAAUGGCGAUCUUGUUGGUGCUAGCAAGAUUCUCAAGACGAUGAUCGGCAGGGGAGUUCUUCCAACCCCGACCACAUACAAUUAUUUCUUCAGUUUUUUCGCCAAAGUUGGAAAGAUUGAGGAGGGUAUGAAUCUUUACAAUAAGAUGAUUCAAUCCGGGUAUGUCCUAGAUCGGCUCACAUACCAGCUUUUGAUUAAAAUGCUGUGCGAGAAGGAGAAGUUAGAUUUAGCUGUUCAGCUGAUCGGAGAGAUGAACAGGAAUGGUUUUGAUUCAGACUUGGCGACUAGCACUAUGCUGGUGCAUAUGCUCUGUCGGAUGCGCAAAUAUGAGGAAGCUUGUGAUGAAUUUGAGAGCAUGAUUAAGAGGGGGGUUGUGCCGCAAUACAUAACAUAUCAGAUUCUUGCCAAAGAACUGAAGAGGUUGGGGAUGCUUGAAAUGGAGAGAAAAAUAUCAAGGCUGAUGGAUUCUCUCCGGCAUUCUACUAAGCUUCCAGGAACUUACAGGGAAAAGGAGCGGGGUGAGGCUUUGGACUUGAGGAAGUCUAUAAUGAAAAAGGCCCAGCUGAUGUCUGAUACAUUGAAGACAUGUAAAGAUUCCAAGGAAUUAAGUAAGCUGAGGAGUUCGACGGAGAGUGCCGUGGAAAGUGCAAAUAGGCUGAUAAGAGAUAUUAGAAGAAGAGUAUAUGCAGUAAAGAGUGGGUAGUAUAUUUGAUGGGUUGAUUGAGGAAUUUUUGUAAUAAGAUUGGGCUGAAAGUCUGAAGCUCCGAGGCUAGCUGAGACUGGAACCAUAUUAUCUUCAUAGUAGUUUUAUUAGUUUCAAGGUGCAACAAACAAAUCAUGCUAGUGUUCUUCUUGAGUUCUUUCCGCUAUUCCUGGAUAGUCAGCCAGUUCAGUACUCCCACUUUUGAGGAAUCAAGUGAGGUGAGUGCAAGUGCUUAUAUCGUUCAAGCUCAAAGUCCUGACCAUCAGUAAUUCCUUAUCAAUACUUGUUAUAUUAUGAAGUAUAUUUCUUAAUGUAUGAUGAUAUCAUCAAUGUUCAUUAUGCUGUAAAAUUGCAUACGUCUAACAGGAUAGCAUUUCUGCUCCAAGAAAUUAACCUUGGUGUCAUAGCAUGGAUUCGUUUCAUCAGCCUUUGGGAUUUGAAUUUGAAACAAGAACUUUUCAAAUAAUAUAGCGAUCUUGCGGUGCGU